UCUAGGGUUUUGUCUGGCUUCCAAAAUUAAUCUUGCUUAAAUCUUUGCUCUUUGAGUUGAUGUGUUGCUCAUGUCAGUUUGAUUAUGUCUUGCUCAUGCUACACUAUUCUCCUUGUGGGUCAUUUGUUUGAUAUCCAAUAAGCUAAGGUGAAUAAAUACAUAGAAACAUAUAUAAGAAGCAGAAACUAAUGGUAUUCGAAUUCACAAUCACAUUCUAGUUUGUGUGUGUUUGAGUUGAAGAACGAAAGAUGGAGGCACAAAGUCAUGGUUUCAACGCAGAAUCAUCAGAUAGUAACAAGCUGAUGGUGAAGACAGAGAUGUGCAGGAGAUUCAGAAGGGGCGUGUGCGUUCAUGGAUCGAAAUGCAUAUACGCACACAGCGUUGCGGAGCUCAGACUACAACGCCAACCCAAACAAUGCAGAUUCUUCCUUCAAAACAAACGCUGCCACUAUGGACGCACCUGUCGUUUCCUCCAUUCAUCCACACCACUCAACCCAAACCCGCAACCAGAAGUAGGGAAACUUGAUCGCUACUCUUCUCCAGAAUCCAAGAGAAUGCGAACUUGUGCAGCUGCUCCAAGUGAUGAUGGCUGCUCUUCUGCAGAACAAAGGAUAAUGCAAACUUCUGCUGCUGCUGAUGCUGCUACAAAUGCUUCAACUAGCACUGUGGCAACUAAGAAUGAACCAUCAUAUCCUGUUAAGUUCAUUUUCAAAAACAAUGAUCUACAAAGGAUCAGUCGCAUCUAUGCUGAUUGGAUUUGAGAUCGAUGCACCCUGCUGAGUGGAUAACUAUACCAAAACUAAGCAAUUUUUCUAAAAAUGUAAAAUUCUCAUAUCACUUUGACCGAGUUUGCUUUGAUUAA